AAUUAGGUCUUUAAUUAAUGGCAGAGAAUGCUCCCGGAGAGAGGUCAUUGAAGGAAACUCCGACAUGGGCGGUGGCGGUGGUGUGCGCGGUGAUGGUGCUCAUUUCGGUGGCCAUGGAACACGGCAUUCAUAGCCUUGGAAAGUGGUUUCAAAAACGACAGAAGAAAGCCAUGAAUGAAGCUUUGGAAAAGAUUAAAGCAGAGUUAAUGUUGUUAGGGUUUAUAUCUCUACUUCUUACCAUCGGACAAGUACCCAUCUCCAAAAUAUGCAUCCCUGUGAAAGUUGCAAACACUUUCCUUCCAUGCAAAGAGGAGAUAAUGAGUGUUAGCAAAGAUGAUGAUAAUCAUGAUAGACGAAGAAAAUUAUUAUGGGUUCAAGAUCAACAUUAUUUUCACCGAAUGUUAGCUGCAUCAUCAACAACUAACUAUUGCUCGAGAUUCCAUGAUAAAGUGGCAUUAAUAUCACAAUCUGGAAUACAUCAGUUGCAUAUAUUCAUCUUUGUUCUUACUGUUUUUCAUAUAUUAUACAGUGUUCUCACAAUGGCUUUAGCCCAAGCUAAAAUGAGAAAAUGGAAAUCUUGGGAAUCAGAGACUUCAUCACUUGAAUACCAAUUUUCAAAUGAUCCUUCAAGGUUUAGAUUUACUCAUCAAACUUCAUUUGUAAAGAGACAUAUAGGUCUCUCAAGCACACCAGGAGUCAGAUGGAUAGUUGCAUUUUUUAGGCAGUUCUUUGGAUCAGUGAGUAAGGUUGACUACUUGACAAUGAGACAUGGCUUCAUCAAUGCACAUCUUGCCCCAAAUAGCAAAUUCAAUUUCCAUAAAUAUAUCAAGAGAUCUCUAGAAGAUGACUUCAAGAUUGUUGUUGGUGUAAGCCUUCCUUUGUGGUUCAUUGCAAUCAUCAUCCUUCUUUUGGAUGUUUAUGGUUAUUACACACUCGUCUGGGUCGCAUUUUUACCGCUAAUUGUUCUUUUGGUGGUGGGAAUGAAGCUAGAAAUUGUGAUAAUGGAAAUGGCUCAACAAAUCCAAAACAGAACAACAGUAAUUAGAGGAGUACCAAUUGUGGAACCAAGUAACAAAUACUUUUGGUUUAAUCGCCCGCAAUGGAUCCUCUUUCUUAUUCACUUAACUCUUUUUGAGAAUGCAUUCCAAUUGGCUCACUUCUUGUGGAUUGCGUAUACUUUUGGGAUAAAAACAUGUUUCCAUGAUAAUUUAACAUUGACAGUGGUGAAGGUUGUGUUGGGUGUGGCUCUUCAGUUUCUUUGUAGCUACAUCACCUUUCCUCUUUAUGCAUUGGUCACACAAAUGGGAUCACACAUGAAGAAGACCAUAUUUGAAGAACAAACAGCAAAAGCAUUGAUAAAAUGGAGACAAGCUGCAAAAGAGAGAAAGAAGCAGAGGAAUAAUAUUGCAGGCAUUGACACUUCUCAUUCUGGAUAUUUAAGUGGUGAAAACACACCAAGUAGAGGAUCAUCUCCCAUUCAUCUACUUCACAAAUAUAACAAUAAUAAUACAUAUAAUAAAUCAAGCUCAUCAACACCAUCAUCUCCAGCUCCAGCUCAAGAUGUUGAAAGUCUCCCAAAUUCCCCAGGUUUUUAUCCUUCAGAUUGUGAGAUAUUUGAAAUGGAAGCACCUUCAUUUGCCUCUGAUUUUGAACCAAAUAGACAACCUUUAAGAAAGAGUGAAAAUGAUGUUCAUGUUUCUAAUGCUGAGUUUACCUUCUUUUCUCCUUAAUCUUUGUAUUUUUGUAAUGUCUUUUCUUUGAUUAUGG